GUCAUACUGUUGUUUACCUUUUUUGUGCAAAACUUUAAGUGUUUUAAUUGUUUAAUUUAUAUAUUUAUAUAGAAAAGGCCGUAUAUGCAUAUUUGAAGAUAAUUUGGAAUCGAUGAGCUGAGUAGAGUGAUUGCCGCCAUCAAAGCGUUAGCUGCACUUGCAGCUCCGAUGCAUAUUUAUUAAAUUGGCGGCCACAAAAAUCGAAGACGAGGACAAGGCUUCAAUGAUGGAGCAGGAUGAUGUGCAGUCGCCAUCGCCAGUGCAACAACAACAACAGCACCAGCAACAGGAUGUGCAAUCUUAUAUAACGCGAGCGAAACUGCAAAAAAAUCCGGCUAAAAAGGACAAUGAGAAGCGACGGCGCAAGGAUGCAAUGCGAAGGGUCUCGCUGAUCCUAAGAAAGUGUGAUUCACUGCGCACAGCCGAUGAUCGGCAGUUUUUGGAUAAGCAUCCGGAUUUCGUAAAGGCCACAAAAAAGCGUCGCGAACGUGUUGAAAUAUACAAGGAGCGAGUUGCCGAAAAGGAGGACGCAACACAUGUGAUUGAGGCCAAGGUGGAACAAUUGGCCAAUAUCAUUUCACAGGCGAAACAUUUGAUCUGCUACACAGGCGCCGGCAUUAGCACGGCAGCUUUGAUACCCGACUAUCGCGGUAGCAAAGGCAUCUGGACUUUGCUGCAAAAGGGAGAAGAUAUCGGGGAACACGAUCUGUCCAGCGCCAAUCCCACCUAUACACAUAUGGCGCUCUAUGAGCUGCAUCGACGCCGGCUACUGCGUCAUGUUGUCUCCCAGAACUGUGAUGGCCUACAUCUAAGAUCGGGGCUGCCGCGUCAUUCCCUUUCCGAAAUCCACGGCAACAUGUACGUCGAGGUGUGCAAGCACUGCAAUGGAGUCUACUGGCGUCAGUUCGAUACCACAGAGAUGACAGCGCGAUACUGCCACAAGACUCAUCGGCUAUGCCAUCGUUGUUCGGAGCCCCUGUACGAUACCAUUGUACACUUUGGUGAGCGGGGUAAUCUGAAGUGGCCUCUUAACUGGUCGGGGGCCACACACCAUGCGGAACGUGCUGAUGUCAUACUUUGUCUGGGCUCUAGUCUAAAGGUAUUGAAGAAAUAUACCUGGCUCUGGCAAAUGGAUAAGCCAGCGCGGCAGCGUGCUAAAAUCUGUGUGGUCAAUCUGCAAUGGACACCCAAAGAUAGCAUGGCCAGCAUUAAGAUCAACGGCAAGUGUGAUCGCGUGAUGGCCCAACUGAUGCAGUUGCUCAAUAUUCCUGUGCCCGUCUAUACCAAGGAGAAGGAUCCCAUAUUUGCCCAUGCCACGCUCCUAAUGCCCGAGGAGCUACAUACACUGACCCAACCACUGCUCAAGAAUGCCGAUGAAGAUGAAGCUUUUACUACCACCACAGAAGAAACGCAGGAUUCUACCAUAUCUACGGAGAGUUAUACGUUAAGUGAUUUACCCAUUGGCAAGGGGCCGAGAAUUCGGACGCCCAUCAAAAAUGGCAGACGUAUUAAAACAAAUCUAGAACUUAGACAGAAAUAUGUGAGAAGCAAACUGGAACAGUCCGAAGAAGUGUCUCCCAUUAAGCAAGAAGAAAUCAAGGAGGAAAAAGAGGAAGAGGAGAAGAUAAAAGACGAAAAGGUUAUUAUCAAAGCGGAAGACAAUCCGGAGGAAGAAGAGGAGGAGCCAGACGAAAAACUGCUCACCAUUAUGAAGCAGGAAAUGCAAUUACUUGACUUGCUACCAAAGCUGGAGCCUUUGACAAUCAAGGAGGAGACAGAGAAAACACCAACACCGCCGCCGCCAACGAAUGGGCUACCCAAACUGGUGGCCAUACAAAAAUCGGUCACUGCUUGCAGUUACACUAAUCUGUCCUGCCCUGUCCUACCCAUUGAGCUAAGAUUAGAGCCGGUCCAACUGCCGCCUCUAGUGCCAAUUGGGGCGCCACUUUCUACACCUUUCAUCGAGCCUCAGGAAGUUCGUUCGUUAAGUAUAACCAAGUGCGACAAUGGCGUCAACACCUUGUCUGCGGAUUCAACCACAGAAAACGAUGAUGAUGACUCCAAUGACGAUCAGGAGUUGGCCCAAAUGGAUUUAUUGCGUCUACAUAAUGAUCGUGAGUUGCUCCGCCAGUUGCCCAGCUGGUAUGAUGCCAAAUAUGCAUAUUCUGGACUGCACAGCAUCCUUAUACCUCCGCCGGCUGAUCUCAACAUUUGGAACUCGCUGGUGGUGCCAAAUUUCGCCAUGAAUCGUUCAGCCGCUGGCUGUGAGUUCUGUUUCGAUCGCUAUGCAGAACUCGAAUGCCAAUUUUAUCGCCAAUGGAACCUUAAUCAGCGCAAGCACAAGAAACGGGCGCGCAGUGGACGUUUCGUAGUCUGUGAAUGCUGUCCCACUACUGACGACGAUGACGAUGAUUAUGAUGAGAAUGUCUCAUUGGCCCACAUUGCUGCAGCCGAAACGGCCAAGCGGCGUCAACAACUGACCACUAGUUUUCCACGCAAACUGGCCCGCACCCAAGCUGGUUGGUAUGGCAAGGGCUAUAAGAAGGGUCGCAAACGCCGAUAGAAGUAUCACCAAGAUGAACUAACCGAAAACAUUUGUCACUUCAAUAGUAUUUUUACUUAUAGGAUUAAACAGAAAAAACCCAAUUAGAUUAUAGUUUCUAAACUAGAUUAGUGUUUGCAUUUAAUUUAUCUAUUGUUCAGUCUAUCACUUGUGGUUUUCGUCCAAAUUUUAAAUUAUUUAUACUUUGUGUUCACCAAUUAAACACACCUAUAUACAUAUA